GUUCAAGCUCUCUCUCCGUCAAUGUUGCGUGUCGCCUUUGUCCGCUCGAUCGCAGACCGAUCCCUCAAGACCAUCCUGCAGCCACCGGCCGCCAGAAAACUCACCAGCAGCAUGUCCGCGCCCCAGUAUAUCGAUGCAAGUGAACUCGUCAAGGAUAUCCGCAAUCCAGCCCUCAGAAGCGGCGUCGACUAUCUCGUCGUCGAUGUCCGGGAUGAGGACUUCAAGUUCGGCAACAUCCCAAAUGCCCUGAAUGUGCCAGCACACGAGUUCCUCGAGACUGUGCCGUCGCAGAUCGAGCGGCUCAAUAGCGCCAAGAAGCUUGUUUUCCAUUGUGCUCUCUCGCAAGUUCGUGGGCCAAAGUGCGCCGGCCGUUACCGAACAGCUCUCAAUGCCGCCGUCCAGGAGGGUACGGCGAAGGAGCAAGAGGUCGUCAUCUUGCGCGGCGGCUUUGAAAACUGGGUCCACCAGCACCAAAAGGAGCCGGAUCUUGUUGAAAACUACAACGCCAAGUACUGGGCCGAUCCUUACUAGAUCUAGUGCGGCAAAUUGAUCUUGUGCGGCAAAUUGAUCUUGUGCACAACAUCAUGCCACAUCUCUGUAGUAAUUGCGGGCCUGAAGCUCGAUGAUCUGUAGACCGUACGAUUCCAGCCGUGUGAUUGCUUUCGUUGUGGAGCUGAGGGGCGUACUAUUGAAUACAGCCGGUCGAUCUCCAUGA